AGCUGCCAGCGCAGCUUUCGGAGCUGGACCUCCGGCCACGGACUAUGGCUCCUUCGUUCACCCUGCGCAAGUUGACGCCAAAGGACAAGGAAGCAGCGAUAGACUUCUUGAGAAGAUUCUUCUUCCUUGACGAGCCACUGAACCAAACAAUCAACCUUCUGGAAACACCUGAAUCUCGAUGCUACGAACUAGAAGACUACGCGGCCAGUUCGCUGGCUGACGGCGUGUCAGUUGCUGCAGUCGAUGAAAACGGGGAUUUCGUCGGUAUCGUCAUCAAUGGACUGUCUAGAAGAGAUGAAGUCGAUUACACGGAUAAGUCGGCAGACUGCCCAGAUCCGAAGUUCCGAGUUAUAUUGAAAGUUCUCAGCGAUCUCGAUCGCCAGGCGCGGAUUUGGGAUAAGUUACCGCUAUCCUGCCACACAGUCCUAGAAGUCCGGAUAGCAUCCACCCACUCUGGCUGGAGAGGAAGAGGACUCAUGAGAGCUCUAUGUGAAGAAUCAGAACGUAUAGGAAAAGAAAUCGGCGCAGGUGCCUUACGAAUGGACACCACAUCUGCUUUCUCAGCUGCUGUAGCUGAACGCCUGAAAUACAAAAAAGUGUACGACGUCUUAUACUCUGACAUGCCAGACGCACCUCACCCUGAACCACCGCAUCUUGAAGCAAGAGUGUACAUAAAAGAGUUUUAAGGUCUUCUUAUGUCAUCAUUAGGAGUUAUGCUGUAACUAAAUCAGAAAAAUAGGCAAAUUGCCCAAAUACGUGAAAUAAACACUAUCCAGUUCGAGUUUACAUAAACACAGUUUGAACAUGCUAGUAACUUAACUGAUUCUAAUAGAAUAAUAAUAGAUUUGAUCGGGAGUAAACUGUAAGGUCGGAUUGCUUAAUAAACAGUUCCGCGCAAAUAAAAAGUCAAAAAGUCAAACUAAAAAUGUAUUAAUUUUAUUAAUGCUUGGGUUGUUUGGAAGAAAUGG